AGUAAAAAAAAGAAAAGAAAAGGAAAUUGGCAAAAAGCGAACAGCAAACACAAAAUCACAUUUGAUUAAAAACCCAAAGCUGAUUCAACAAUCAACACCCGCACACAAUCGGCAAUUGUUCCCAAAAAUGGCCCUGUCCACCACAACCCCCACUACAACUAGCGCCACCACCCGUCGCACCUGCGCUCUUCCCAAACCCUAUCUUCCCUCCAAUUUGCCCUUCAGCUUCCGUAAAUUUACUUCCUCCUGCCCCUCCCCCUCCCCCUCCCCCGCCAAAUCUUCUUCUUUCGCUGUCUCUUGCACGCUUGGAACCCGAGACCUGGCCGUCCAGAUGGAGCACCGCCCCAAUGAGGAGAACUGGUCGGUUUCUUCUACUACGCUCCUUCCGAGACCCGAUUCUUUUGGCCGCUUCGGGAAGUUCGGCGGGAAGUACGUCCCCGAAACCCUAAUGCACGCGCUCACCGAGCUCGAGGCCGCGUUCUACUCUCUCGCUGGCGAUGAGGAGUUUCAGAAAGAACUGAAUGGGAUCUUGAAAGACUAUGUUGGAAGGGAGAGUCCUCUGUAUUUUGCGGAGCGGCUAACUGAGCAUUAUAAGCGUCCUAACGGUGAAGGGCCACACAUUUAUCUUAAGAGGGAAGAUCUGAACCACACUGGGGCUCACAAAAUCAAUAAUGCUGUUGGCCAAGCUUUGCUCGCCAAGCGAUUGGGGAAAAAACGGAUUAUUGCUGAAACCGGAGCUGGUCAGCAUGGAGUUGCGACAGCCACAGUUUGUGCUCGGUUUGGUUUGCAGUGUGUCAUCUACAUGGGUGCACAAGAUAUGGAGAGGCAAUCACUUAAUGUAUUCAGAAUGCGACUUCUUGGUGCUGAGGUUAGACCAGUCCAUUCUGGAACAGCCACCUUGAAAGAUGCUACUUCAGAGGCUAUUAGGGACUGGGUAACUAACGUGGAGACAACCCACUAUAUUUUGGGCUCUGUUGCUGGGCCACACCCAUACCCCAUGAUGGUUCGAGAGUUCCAUGCUGUGAUUGGUAAAGAAACCAGAAAACAAGCACUAGAAAAGUGGGGAGGGAUGCCAGAGAUUCUGGUAGCAUGUGUUGGUGGAGGUUCGAAUGCCAUGGGACUCUUCCAUGAGUUCGUUGAUGACAAGGAUGUUAGGUUGAUUGGUGUGGAAGCUGCAGGGUUUGGAUUGGACAGUGGUAAGCAUGCUGCCACUUUGACAAAAGGGGAAGUUGGGGUUUUGCAUGGAGCUAUGAGCUAUUUAUUACAGGAUGAAGAUGGGCAAAUAAUAGAACCUCAUUCCAUAAGUGCAGGCUUGGAUUAUCCUGGGGUUGGACCGGAGCAUAGUUAUUUGAAAGAUACAGGACGUGCUGAAUAUUAUAACGUCACGGAUGAGGAAGCAUUGGAAGCGUUUAAGAGAUUAUCGCGACUAGAGGGCAUCAUCCCUGCUCUGGAGACAUCCCAUGCAUUGGCUUAUUUGGAGCAGCUGUGCCCUACUCUUCCAAAUGGAAUUAAGGUUGUGGUUAAUUGCAGUGGCAGAGGGGAUAAGGACGUUCAAACAGCUAUCAAGCAUUUGCAGAUUUGAUGGUGAUGUCCAUGUUUGCCAUUUCGAAUAAAUUAAGGAACCCCCCUUCUCUAUCUUUUUUUCCCCAUUCUUUUUGCUGGUUGAGCUGUUUGAAAAGCUUUGUUUGUCACCUGUGAGACUUUUACGACAAUAGAGAUUUGAUUACAAGAGGAGACAAACUUAUUAAAGAGAACUUGCGAGGAUUGCUGCCAACUUAGUCUUCAUAGACAUUUUUAUUAGUAGACUAUAUGUUUAUCUAUUUAGUAGUUUUAUACAAAUAAAGGUUAUUAUCAGAUAUAA